AUGAAAUAACAGAAAAUAUAGCCAAGAGCAAAGAGUAUUCACAUAAAAGAAGCAUAGAGUUCAAGAUUGAAUAAUUUUAAAUCCUUACCAAAAUUAAUUGAAAAUAAUAAGACUUCAAGAUAUUCAGAACAUUUAUCACCUUCACCUAAACCUAAAUUUUAUAACCAUUGGUAUAUACCUUAUGAGAAACGAUUCAUGGAAUAAAAAGAAUUGAAAAACUUUCAUGAUGAAAUUAGAUCAAAUUAUGCUUAGAUGAAAGAAGAUCCUUUAUUUCUCUAUCAUAACUUAAAUCGACCUCUUUCAAUUCAUUAAGAUCCUUUCUCAAAACCUGAUAAAAACUAAAUCUAAAAAAUAAAAAAAUAUGAUAAAACAAAAAUAUUCUUAGAAAUGAAUAAAUCUAGUGGUGUUUUAAAAUUAUUUUUAGAGUAAAUGAUUCUAAUAAUUUAGAGAUCUAGUUUAAAAAAAAUAAAGAGUGCCAGCUUUUCUAAUGAACGAAUAGCUAAUCUUAUGA